AUGACAACAUCACCAAAUCAUCAUUUUCAAGGAGGAAUAAUGGCACAAGAAAAUUUUCCACGUCGAUACCAUAAAUUACAACCAAUGAAAUUCUUACAAACAAAUUUUUGUUACAUCAGUGUCUUUAUUGCGUUUAUAUUAGGCCUAAUCAUUGGAGUUUUUAUUCCAAUUGUUUACUUUACGACUAAUUCCACCCUUAACAACACAACCGAGCUUAAAUUACGAUCAACGCGUACGACGUUAAAUGACAGUGACCUAAACACACAAAUUUUACUUAAAAAUAUCUUUAUUAAUAAUAGUUAUAGCAAUUUAAUUGGAGUGAAUAGUUCCGAAUUCGAAUCAGAAAUUUCUUCCGUAAAAUUCAUCAAUACAAGUGAAUCAAUCGUAUUAGGCCAUAAUCAAAAUUGGAAUAUAAUUAAGGAUAAUAUAUAUUGGGGUGAAGGUAUUGAAUCAGCGCUACCACGUGGUUUUCGUGGGGAAGCAAAUACACAAUGGAAAAAUUACAUUCAAAAUGGUCAAGGUGUUGCUGUACGUUUGGAAAUGGGCUGUGGUCGUAUGCAAAAUCGAUUAAUCACAUUCAAAGAUGGUACACAAGCAUGUGUACGAUAUCGCCAGAAUACGGAUCAAAUUCAAGGUGAAUUAUUCUCAUUUUAUUUGGGUCAAAUAUUACAAUUACCAAAUCUAGUACCAUCAACAAUCAGUAUUAUUGAUACACAAUCCCCAUUAUGGUCAAAUUUAGGGAUUGAUUUAAUAUCCUCAGCACAAUGGAAUUCAAAUCGUCCCGUUGUUCUGACCAAAUAUAUAAAUGAUCUAAAUUCUGCUCAAAUCCCACAAAUUUUCAAACCAAUUGAUCGUCAUUUAAAUGUAAACGAUAUUAAAAAUUUAACAAAUGGUUUAAAUUUUAAUCAAUUGUCACAAAUGAAGCGUGAUCAAUUAAUUGAGCUGGCUCAAUGGAGUGAUUUAAUAAUAUUCGAUUAUUUAACAGCGAAUUUAGAUCGUAUUGUUAAUAAUUUAUAUAAUUAUCAAUGGAAUAUUAAUAUUAUGGAUGCGCCUGCGCAUAAUCUAGCGAAAAAUAUUCAUACAAAUUUAUUAAUAUUUUUGGAUAAUGAAUCGGGAUUACUUCAUGGAUACCGUUUAUUAAAAAAAUAUGAAAUUUAUCAUAAAAUAUUACUCGACAAUUUAUGUGUUUUUCGACGUCAUACCGUAAAUAUUAUACGGCAGUUAAAAUUUGAUAAAAAUAUUGGGAAAAUUUUAAAUGAAAUGUUUAAUAUGGAAAAUAGCUUUAAAAUCAAAGAUAUUUUACCAACAUUACCCGAUAAAAGUAUAAAAAUAUUAAAUGAACGUAUAACGCAUGUUUUUAAUCAAAUUGAAAAAUGUAAAUUA